AUUUGUCUCUACGCUGCCUCAUUAGUACGGCUGUCACUCGGAUUUUGUCAGAUGUUGGCCAUGAAGCUGACAUUGCGUGGGGAUUAAAUUCAUUGCCCCAUACGCCGUCAUUGGAUGGAGCUUAGACACGACUAAAGUCUCGCCUACACCUUUUGAUAAGUUGAUACAGUCUGCUUUGAAUAUCUGACACAGAAGUUUCUUGAAGAAACUGACGUAUUUUUCUUAAUGGAAAAGUAAGUGUCCUUUGUGUAAGAAAUUGAAAGCUCGAUUAAAAAUUUGUUUUUUUUUUCUGUAUGAACAUUGUAUUUUUACAAUGAACUGGCAAGAUUCGGAUGUCACUCGUGUCUUGUUCAGUGUUCAUGAAGGCUCCACAAAUAAUUCAGUCCUACCCCUGCGAGUUAUAAUUAUACGACCCUUUCAGUUUUAACUUUUCAUAUGUUAAUUACAGAAAAUAGUGUAAUCGUAAGAAAUACUUUCCCAAAAACAGUUAAUUUGAUGCAAAUGCAAUGUUUUAUUCCCUUGCAGGCCUGUACUCAUUUACUGUUACCACUGACUGUGCUUAUGCCUCGGUACGAGAACACCAGCUUACGUAUUUUUUUUUUGUAUUCUGUGUACUACAUUUACUUGUGUACAUUCCGUGCCAUAAUAUAAAAACUUGAAAGACGAAAGAGUGAGAUUUACGAUAGUACGCGUAAACCGCUUGUAAACAUCUGACAGACAUAAAUUACUUGUUUCGUUGUUUGUGGAUCUAUGCAAGCAACCUUAGCAUUUACUAAAACAAAAUUAAUCUGAAACCACAAACUACGUUAUUACUUGUUUCUAAAUGACUCUGUAUUAUUGUGAUACAUUCGAUUUGUUGGUGCAGCUGAUAAAGUAAGCGAGUGAUAUCAGUUUUUAAUAAAUAAUGUGGGUGUCGACAGCUUAUUCAUAACAGCAUAUAAAUUGUUCAAGUUUGAUCAGAAGCGUAUUUUAGAACGGCGUAAAUAUUUAUUGUGAUCUCUUCGACGUUUCAGUUCUUGCGAAAAAUAUUUUGCCCUAUUCUAUGCACUCAACUUUGGAACACAACAGACUACCACGAACUUAAGAAGUGCGUUUAUCUGUUGUUACACCUUCUACAUACGGCGACCAAAAAUGAAGUUAUUACGUACUGUUGUGCUGCGAACACAAAAUAUUAUGAUCGUGGAUUUGAGAAGACUGUGCUUUCAAUCACCAUAUUAGGGUCUGUGGUAAGCCCUACUCGUGGACUUGCAUACAACCAAAGUGACUUGGAUCUGACCACCUGCUGCAACGCCGUCUAUUGGAAAUUUAACUUCGCUUCUUGGAUCAUGACGGGAGGAGCGACGAGUAAAUCAUGUGGUUAUACUGAACAGUGGUGACUGCCAUGACAAGAUGAAAUACAAGUGAAAUAAUUAUUCUCCCAGACAUUAUACAAAAUGUAUUAUAACAAUACUCUGUUGCAUUACUGUUAAUAUUUAUUUUAAAGUAAAAUCACAAAAAUACAGUACAAGAAAGUAAAAUAAUUUUAAUUCUGCCAAUUAAGCUGUUUAAUGUUUGAAAAUCUGUUCCUUUCCUUGAAUAUGAUUUGAACAAACACAUAGCAUAUUAUAUCAUACAUGACUGCAACAUUCUCACUUUCAGUCUAAAGGGGUAGAAUAAUUAGACCAUAUAACAUCAGACAUCGAAUACACUGCACUGUGAAAGUGUUUACAAGAACAGUUUAUAAAAUUCUGUUGUAUACUUAGAAACUAAAAUUUAUCAUCUAUGAAUAUAGGUGCAUGAUAUGUAUGUUUCAUUGUUGUGAUCAGACAUAAUAUUUCAUGGUGUGUAUAUUAGAAUGCAGUAAGAAUCAUCAUUGUUGAAUUCUUACAUUGUAUUAUGUUUGUAGCGGUUUGUAGCAUUUUACUGGGUAGAAGUAUAAAUGUCAAAUGUCAGAUUAUAACAGGGGGUAAAGAAGUUGUAGAUUUUUACAUGAUAAUCAGUGCUCAAUUGACAGAAUUUUGAUGUGUCUUGUGCAAGCCAGCAAGCUCUCUUCCAUACACAUCCAGAAAUUCAUUCUACAGCAAGAACGUGUGUAAUUCUGCAUAACCAUGACUACUCUACUGGGAUCGGGUGACUAUGUGCCCGUGGGACAGUUUUUCCAUGAUCGAUCUGUGUUUGUGACGGGUGGGACAGGAUUCAUGGGCAAAGUCCUGGUGGAGAAAUUACUCCGGUCAUGUCCUGGGAUCAAGAAUAUCUAUCUGUUGAUGAGACCAAAGCAAGGUCAAGAUGUUACUGCCAGACUCAGCAUGUUGCUCAAUGCACCUCUGUUUGAUCGGUUACGGAAGGAACAGCCACUAGAACUGAACAAGAUUGUUCCAAUUCAAGGGGAUGUCACAGAACCAGAGUUGGGAAUCAGUCCGUCGGAUCAGAACCUCCUUAUUCGGACUGUGUCUGUAGUGUUCCAUUCUGCUGCUACUGUGAAGUUCGAUGAAGCAUUAAAACUUUCUGUCACUAUUAAUAUGCUCGGUACAAAGCGAUUGUUGGAGCUGUGUCAUCGCAUGCUAGGACUUGAGGCUCUGAUACAUGUUUCCACUGCAUACUGCAACUGUGACCGAGAAGAGGUGAAUGAGGUGAUUUAUCCACCUCCUUAUGACCCAGAGAAAAUCAUCCAGUGUAUGGAGUGGAUGGACGAUGAUCUCAUUCAAGCACUCACACCAAAGUUGAUUGGUAGCCGUCCCAACACUUACACAUUUACAAAAGUUCUAGCGGAAAGUAUGUUACUCAAAGAAAGCGGAAACUUACCUGUUGCAAUAGUUAGACCAUCUAUAGUAUUGUCUUCUUGUCGAGAACCUGUGGCAGGCUGGGUGGACAACUGGAAUGGACCAACUGGUAUAAUAGCUGCAGCAGGAAAGGGAUUCUUCCGUACAAUGUUAUGUCACGGGAGUAAAAUAGCGGACUUGGUACCUGUUGACAUUGUCAUCAAUCUCAUGAUUUGUGCAGCAUGGAGAACAGCCACAGUCAGGCCAGAUGGUAUUGCAGUAUAUAACUGUUGUACAGGACAACAGAAACCUGUUACAUGGAAAGAGUUCGUAGAGUUGUGUUUUGUGUACAUGAGGAAACACCCUUUGGGUGAUGUUGUCUGGUAUCCAGAUGGUAAAUGUCGGUCAAACUGGAUACUCAAUUCACUGUACACUCUCACCCUCCACAUAAUUCCCGCUCAUUUACUUGACUUCUUCAGCAAGAUUGUUGGGAAGAAAGCAAUCAUGGUACGAGUGCAGAAGAAAUUAGAUAAGGCUGCUAAGUGUUUGGAGUACUUCGCCACUCAGCAGUGGCGAUUUACUGAUGAAAAUGUCCGACAUCUUAAUGGUCUUCUUAGCCCAGAGGACAGGCGGACAUUUCUUUUUGAUGUUAGAGAAAUCCAUUGGCCCACAUAUAUUGAAAGCUACGUACUUGGUAUAAGACAAUUCAUCUUCAAAGAACAUCCGAGCUCACUACCUAAAGCAAGGAAACAUCUUCAAAAAUUGUUCUGGAUGCAUCGCUUUACACAGUUACUUGCUCUUUUCCUGGUGUGGCGAACAUUAAUGUUGCGAUCAAGAGCAGCACGAAAAAUGUGGUUCAUCAUGCUAGACUUGAUUCUGCGCCUAGCACGCAUGGUACCUUACAUCUGAGUGUCUUCUUCCUGAAUCAAUGCACAUGAUCCAGUGAAGGCUUCAGCAGCAAAACAGCUAGAUGUCAUGGUGCAUAUACUGGCAAGAACAUGAUGUUUUGGAUGUAUAGGUAGCAACAAAUUAAGAAAUGAGUCUGUUUAAAAAUCAUUUAAGUGGAAGAAAUAGAUAGAAAUAGUAUAUGUUUCCAGGAGGCAUAGGAAGGUGGAGAGUAAAUAUCUGCAAAAGUAAAAACUUAUGUCUUAUUGGAAGCCUUCCACGUGUGUAUAAGAAUUUCAAAAUUUCUUGCAGAAACUUUUUAUAAAUGUGGAUCUUAUUAUGACCCUUCCUUCAAACUCAGCACCACUUAUUUUAUAAAAGUUAGUAAUACUUUGAGAAAAGAAAUAAUCUUUGGAAAAUACAGUUGUAUUUCUAGACCACAUACAUUUUCAUCAUUCAUAAAUGGUUCUGCAAGAAAUUCUCAAAUUUUAGCAGCUGUUUAUUUCAAGGCAGUAAUAAUAAAAUGGACAUGUGAACAUACCCUUAUUCCAUUUGUGAAUGCAUUAUACUUUGUUUUAUUGUACUUUUGUAGUUGUCUUUGUAUUUUCUUAUAGGUGUAGUGUUGGUUGUGAAGAAUUCCCAUUUGAUAGUUGCUACCAUAGUCGCUACAAGGGUCUGUGAUAAAAAUAUGUACUUUAGUACGAAGUGUUGUUACUGUAAUAAAUUCCACAUAGUCCUGGUUACAGUAUAUUGUGUCUGACACACAUGCUGCCAUUACACACAUUUGCAUCUUUCACAGGGAUUUGUUCUUAUCAUCCAACACUGUACAUCUAUUUUGGAGUAAUUAAUAUGCAAAUUGACCAGUAUUUAUAGUUAUGGCAUUUU